UAGUAAAUUUUAGAUGGUAUUUUGAUAAUGAAGUUCAAAAUUAAGAAUGAUGCUAAAAUCUCCUCUUCUUCUUCUUCUUCUUCUUUUUUUUUUUUAAGUCGUUUAACUGGUGAAAAUUAAGAAUUCCUGUAAUUGAUCUCGUGGAGUAGUAAACCUUCUUUUAGACGUAGUGUGCGAAAACUUAAACGAGAUUUUUGGAGUGAAGAUGAUUUGUCCAUGAAAAAUAAGCCACUAACACCCAACCACAUGUAAAUUAUCAUUCUACAGGUCAAGGUCAGCACCCUUGUAUCUUUCUUUCUUUCCAUCUCUUGGAAAUUUCUAACACCUCCCCUUCCUUUUCUGUUAAAUUUCCAACCCAACCCCAUUUUUGUCUCCCCAAUACUUCCCUUUUUCACUUCAAACAAACUAUUCGCUCAUUGUUCCAUGGAUGCCUACUUCCUUUCACCAUCUUCCUUCUCCAUCUUAUUCCUUUUAACUAUUUUCCAACUGUCUUACGCCCGAGAUGAUUUCCACUUUACUUCAUGCGCUCCAUUUGAUUGUGGAAACCUUGUUAAUAUUUCAUAUCCUUUCUGGACCGAUCAAUAUAAUCGACCUUCAUAUUGCGGUUACGGUGAUGAAGGGUAUAAGCUGAAGUGCAGGCAGAAUCAGCCCCCUGUUCUGACGCUCAGUUCCCAAGAAUUCUAUGUGCUGCAUCUCAAUCGCUCUUAUGGUUUGUUAACAAUCAAACGAGUGGAAUUGAACAACACUUGUCCUCAGCCGAUUUUGAUAAACUAUGCUUUUAAUUAUACUGAAACUGCUGAAAACAUUACUCUGUUCUACGACUGCCGAAGCAGGGGAGGUCCGAAUCAUCGUUUCAGUUGCAGAAAGGGUGGAAAAGAAACUUCCCUCAUGUUCUUUAAGGAGGAUGAAAAUGAAUGUACUGGAUACAGUGAAGAAGUUGAAAUUCCUAUUGGGAAAAAGGCCUUUGAUUAUCUGAUUGGGGGAAUCAGCACCGUGAAUGAAAGUUUACUCGAACCCUUUGAUAUUAAAUACUUAGCAUACGAUGGUUAUUGCAAACAAUGCGAGGAUUCUGGCGGAAGAUGCGGAUCCAACCAAAAUGAAACCUCUACAUUUGCCUGCUAUUGUCGUGACAAUCCUCAUUCAACUGAAUGCAACCGAGGUCGCAGUAGUUUUAACUUGGGAAAAAAGCUUGCCCUAGGUAAUCUACUCCCCCGAUUCUUUUAAUUCAUUUAUAAUGUUUUAUAUUCUGCUCAUGAUUUUUUACACGUUUAUUUUUUAAUUUUUUAAAAAUAAUAUUAUAAUUAGUUGUUACUUAUUGUUUUAAUUCAUUAUUCAAAUUAUUGAACAUAAUUAAAA